AUGGAGACCCCAUACACAUCAUCUGAAACCUACAUAGAUGAGUUUGACCCUUUAGAUUAUUACAAAACAUACUAUCACCCCAAAGAAGGAACAUUAACUGGAGAAUGGCUUAAUUUUGCAUUGCAGAAUUUUCAUGAAACAUUCAAUUCAGGUGGUGUUGAAGGAGACCUACUCAUUAACUUUGGAGCUGGACCCACAAUUUAUCAACUUCUCUCUGCUUGUGAAUCUUUUAACAAAAUUAUUGCUUCAGACUUUCUGGAGCAAAACCGAAUACAGCUACAGAAGUGGCUGAGGAAGGAUCCUGAUGCAUUUGACUGGACUCCAGUUGUCAAGAUGGUGUGCGAGCUUGAAGGAAACAGUGACAGUGAGAGCUGUAAGAAGAAGGAAGAAAAACUCAGGAGAACGGUGACAAAAGUCCUGAAAUGUGAUGCUCUGAAGGAGAACCCAUAUGACCCGGUGAAGAUGCCACAAGCUGAUUGCCUGAUCAGUUGCCUCUGCUUAGAAGCCGUCUGCAAAGAUGUGAAAUCCUUCACCAAUGUGUUGAGGAAUUUUAUGAGCUUCAUAAAACCAGGGGGUAACAUAGUACUGCAGAGUGUACUUAACUGUUCAUACUACUUUGUUGGUCAAAAGAGGUUCUUCUCUCUGUCCAUUUCUAAGGAAGAAGUGGAGGCAGCAUUUAAGGAGGCUGGCUAUGAAAUAGUGAAACUAAAGGUCAUUCCAUUUACUGAAAAGCAGAGGAUGGACAUCAGUAAUCAGGGUGGCUAUUACUUUGUUCAUGCCCAUAAACCAUGUUUGUAG